GCCUAAAGGCGUCGCAGAUCAAGCACGCGAAACGCGAGUUGUUCAGUCCUCGGCAAAAGGACACGAGGUUUCGUGUUAUUCCUAGAUAUAUCGACGUUAUUCCUAGACAAGUGUUCUUGAAAUCCUGAUAAUUAAACUAAAAGAUAAAUCAAAAUAAACUAUAACUUUUGUUUAUCAAAUAAUUAUUUCGAAACUUUAACACGUGUUUAAAAACGAUCGAAACGUUCGCGAAAUAAAUUAAACUUGUAAUCGUAUAUACGUAAUAAUGAAUCUCUUUAAUAAUUUUAGCUCGUGAAAUAUAGAUUCAAAGACGAAAGGUGAUACGAUCAAUCGUCUGUGGAUAAGACAAACUACGCGAUACGGAAAAUUCGAUCGUGAAGAAGCAUCUCGAGAAGAACUCGAACGUGACUCGACUCGAAAGAACAAGAUCGACAAACUUCAGGAUCGACAAACUUUCUUAGAUACACGGACAUGGCACGUCGUCAAGCCAGUGACAAGAAAUCAAUAUAUCCUUUUCGAUCUUCCCGCGAUAUCGCGUUCACUUGAUUAAUCGAAGACAUGUGCACAUUGUCGUGAAUUUGAACGAUCUAAAAUCCAAAAUACGUAUAAGAUCGAUUUUAAGUGCAAAUCAGUGAAACCGUUCUCUGCCAUUGUUGUAAUAUAUUAGAGAAAUAUAAUAUUAAAAGAAAUUUAUCCAUCAUCGAUAACGUUAAUAUUUGAAUGAAUAAAUCGAAGAAAUUUGGUUCAUAAAAAACUUUUAAGACAUUAAUCGUGAUGUGUCUACAAACUAUCCAUUGAUUUAUUCGAAAAACUUUCGAAAUAUUCAACGGUCAGUUCCUAUUAAUAAAUCGAUUUUUCGCAUUCGAGUGAAGUUGCAGAGAGUUCGAUCGAUGGAACGACCAGAGGAUUUAGUGUCGAAAGAAAUGUGCAGAAUGUGGUCAAUUUACAACGUAUAAAUUGUCUAUCAGUUAAAACACGAAGAGCAAAAUGUCGGUUGAAGUGAAGGGGGGUCGACCAACAAUGCCAACAAUUCCACAAUCCAAGAGACCAACCAUUUUCGUUUAUCCCACAGUAACUCCAGAGAGCAUUAUCAUCCCGAUAGUAUCAUGCAUACUCGGAUUUCCAUUACUGGCCCUUAUGGUCAUCUGUUGCUUAAGAAGAAGAGCAAAGUUAGCGAGAGAACGUGCACGAAGAAGAAAUUGUGAUCUAGAUCAUGGAGCCCUUAGUCUCGUUCGUUUUAGCCCUGUUCACCGUUUAGCAUCUAAAGAGGAUUUAGCUGGAAUUGAUCGUCCAACAAGAGCAGUUUCGUUGCGAAGUGAUCGAGGAUCUAGAGCUUUCCCAUCAUUAGAACUAGACACGGUGGUCGAAGAACGAUCGGAUCCUGAACAAAGUACUGCAUUAGAACUGAGUAGUCCGGAUUAGCAUUCAGUUUUGGUACCGCCUAGGUCUCCUCGACCAUCGAAAUCGGUACCAGUACCCCUGGAUCAUAGUCCUUUAUGGACAGCAUUAACACACGCUAAUGCCGUAUCUUCAGCUCUUGGAGAUACCUAGCAGGAAGUUGAAGAGGGCAGUUAUAUCGAAGCUCUCGUUCUUGAUUUACCUAUAAUCUACUAAAAAAACUUAUAAUAAAAUAAACAUUUUGUG